GGCAUUGGGACUCGAUUUCAUCAACACUCCCUCCUUCCUCUUCUUUGCUCUUCCUUCCUUCGUAUACUCCAAGGCAUGAAUUCAUGUGGAGGACGGGUCACAUCCAUCUAGGAACUCUCUGAAGUCCUGGCUUCUCUAUCCUUCUGGUCUGCAAAGGUUUCUCCUGAUGCGGUUUUUCUUUGGACUGGUUGAUCGAUUUUGAGUGAGUGAUGGUGCUCAGUGGCGUUGUUGGGCUUGAGUUCGUGUAGUGGGUGGUGUGGUUGGGGUCUGGGGUCUCGGAAGGCGGACCAUUUGUAAGAGUGUCUGGCAUAAAGUGGUCUCUAUUUUCGAAUAACAUGGAUGGAGCCUGUUGUGGAUGCCAUAGUUGGGUCCACGGUCUUCCUUCUCAAUCAAAAUACAUCUGUUAUAUGUUUGAUCUCAUCCGAUUGCUUUGAUGCAGAGCAUUUCACGUCAUUCACGAUCCUUGCUUCAGAACAAAGGUUACCUCAAACAUGGCUUUAUUUGGGUUGAUCUCUGUCUGAAAAGUUGGACUGGCUUGCUCCAAACGCAUGUUGAGUAUAGUCCACUACAGGUCAGAGCAGAUGCGUGUAAUCAUUUAUCACACGUUGCAAUUGAAUGUGGGUGAUUUGGGCAUUUACCCCAUGGGAAUAUUAGAUCGCAAGUCAACUAUAUCAAUUUCGCAUCAUCUUUGAUUUUCAGUUGUAAAAGCUUCAGGCUGCUUCGUAGCCUUGACAUUAAACUGCUCUUGACCAUUUCUGUGAGCCCGGCAAUCUCCUUGUUCAGGAAAUUGGUACAUUGUAGACUUCAGUCAGAACUUCCUCACGGAAUGAAGAGAGGAGGAUGGCUGCAGAGGUUAGAUCGGGAAUAGAGGUGUUUCCUCUAUUUGUCAGCAGUUCAUAUGUGGACUGGGAGGAUAUAACUUCAAGGAAUGAAGGAGAAGUUGACAUCAACGUUUGUUGGUCCUCUUGGUUGUUUGGCUAAGUUUUGCUCAGCAGUGCAGGAUAUUGACAUGUUCGGUCGUUUUAGCUUCGAAGGACGUGAUUAUGGAUCGGGACAGUCUUCUGUUAUGCUCAUAUGCGUUUGAAAGUGGAUGAGUUGAACAAGAGUCCAAAAUAAGCGCUCGUUUUGAAUCCCAUGUACUUCACGUUUUGAACUAUUCGUGAAAGGGAGUGUCUGAGAGGAACGUGUACAGUUUUAUCUUUUGACUUCUUUCAUCCGACCCUACAGGUCGAUUGCAAUGGAACUGCAAGGAAAUGGUGCGAUUGGAAAGUCUAGGAAGUGAAAAAUUGAACGUUCUCGAUAGAAGAUUUUCCAGUUCCUCCCUCUCCAUGUAAACACUGUACGACAUGCUGACAACGUCGUCUUAAGCUGAGGUGCACGAUGGAACAGGUGAUCCUUCCUUGAAUAGUUUCAGUUGAUAGGUCAUCGCUUGUACCGAGUAUCAGAAGCAGGAAAAGAUCGGGAAAAGCUAACCUCUUCUUUACAAGUUUAGUCGAUUGCUAUAUGGUUUUUUUUUGCAUUUCACUUCCAGAUGAUUGAUUGAUUCCGAACUAUGCUAACAGAGACUAUGGGGCAUAUAUACAUAUCUGUUGGUUUAUGUCAUCCGGACGUGAGGUGCAAUGGAAUGAAAAGGAAGGGCUGCAAUUGGAAAAUCUAGGAGGAUAAAGUUUGAGCGUUCUCUUUUAGAUUCUCCAAUUCCACCCAUUCCAAGUCUUUGCUACACAGCGACUUCGUCCUGUUCUAGAGAUGAACUGCUGUCGCUUACUUACUUCAUUUGUAAAGAGAUCCAGCUAUCGAGUCACUGCCUGUAUGAUUGUGUAGAAACAGGAGAGCGAAUACAGGUAUUUUUCGUAUGUACAAGUUAGAUGGAAUCUAUAGACUAAUGUAUAUCUGAUGGAAGACAUCAUUUUCAAUGUUAUUACAAAGAAGGGGUGAAAUUGGAAAAUAUACCCGGGAUUAUUCAAAGGUAGCUUUUCCUAUUCCACCCAUUCCAUGUAAGCUAUUCAUUUCGACGAGGUAAAGAACGGGACAGGAGGUCGUGAAACGGUCUAUUUUCAGAUUCAUGAAAGGCACAGCUGUUCAAGCGCAUUUCGAGAGGACCUGAUCAUUUCACACUGACGAGGCAUCAACAAAACUAGUAGACAGUUGGACAUGUACUGCAGUUCUAUUCAGGGUACACCAGGUGCUGUGUGCAGAGUCGUUUGAGUUUCAUUUUGUGGCCGCUACUAUUUAAAGCAAAUAUAAUGUCUUGUCUGAAAACGUAUGGGCAUUCUCACUAAGUUGCGAUGUCGAAAGACAGGAGCCGGAUUUGAUUAAGUUCUCCUCAAUGUGGGUACGGACAUUGAGUAAUAUUCGAAGCUCCUGUCCUGUUUGGAAGUAUUCCAUAAUAGUCAGGUACUUUCUCUAAGGCAUGGAAAGGCAAUUUUUCUAGUUUAUAUGUUUAGACUUCAAGGCACAUGUUUAUCAGGAGAAAAACGCUGGUGAGUAACUUCUCAAAAUAUGCUGUAUCCGCAAAAUACGUUGUCUCCUUUAAACAUUGUCAAAUAAAUUGAAGCGGUGAAGGACGCUAG